AUGCUCAGUUCGGUGUGUGUCUCCUCUUUCAAAGGGCGCAAGGGUGGGAACAAGUCGGCCAACAAAGCAUGUUACAGCGCAGACAUGACUUGUCCGUCGGAAAGCGAGAGAAUCGUAAUAAACUGUGGCGGGGUGAGACACGAGACGUACCGCAGCACCCUAAAGACGCUGCCGGGUACGCGCUUGUCCUGGCUCACCGAACCGGACGCGUUUAGCAACUUCGACUACGACCCCAAAUCAGAUGAGUUCUUCUUCGAUCGCCAUCCGUCCGUUUUCUCGUUCAUCCUCAACUAUUAUCGGACGGGGAAGUUGCAUUGUCCCAACGACGUCUGCGGACCGUUAUUCGAAGAGGAGCUCGCCUUUUGGGGCAUAGAUGAGACGGACGUGGAGGCUUGUUGCUGGAUGAACUACCGGCAGCACCGGGACGCGGAGGAGGCGCUGGACAGCUUCGAGACACCCGAGCCAGACGCGCAGGAGGACGACCCUGCGCUGACGGGCGGUGCGGACGGAGACCUGAAACGACUAUGCCUGCAAGAAGACGGCAGAAAAGUGGGAUGGUGGCGCAUUUGGCAACCAAGAAUCUGGGCUCUUUUCGAAGACCCCUAUUCGUCCAAAUAUGCCCGGUAUGUCGCGUUUGGUUCUCUGCUCUUCAUUCUCAUCUCCAUCUCCACCUUCUGCAUGGAGACGCACGAGGCUUUCAACACCAUCUGCAACAAGACGGAGAACGUGACGGUGGGGAACAAGACGUUCGAGGAGGUGACGUACGAGGUGGUGACGGACAGCUGGCUCACCUACGUGGAGGGCGUGUGUGUCAUCUGGUUCACUAUCGAGGUCUUCACUCGGGUCAUCUUCUGCCCGGACAAAGUGGAGUUCUUCAAGAGCACGCUCAACAUCAUUGACUUUGUGGCCAUCCUGCCCUUCUACCUGGAGGUCGGGCUGAGCGGCCUGUCCUCCAAAGCCGCCAAGGACGUCUUAGGCUUCCUGCGCGUGGUCCGUUUCGUGCGGAUCCUCCGGAUCUUUAAGCUGACCCGUCACUUCGUCGGCCUUCGCGUCCUGGGCCACACCUUACGCGCCAGCACCAACGAGUUUCUCCUCCUCAUCAUCUUCCUCGCCCUGGGCGUGCUCAUCUUCGCCACCAUGAUCUACUACGCCGAACGCAUCGGCGCCGACCCCUCCGACCCCACCGCCAGCGCCCAUACCACCUUCAAAAACAUCCCCAUCGGGUUCUGGUGGGCCGUGGUGACCAUGACGACGCUGGGCUACGGGGACAUGUACCCGGAGACGUGGUCGGGCAUGCUGGUGGGCGCCCUGUGCGCCCUGGCGGGCGUGUUGACCAUCGCCAUGCCCGUGCCCGUCAUCGUGAAUAACUUCGGCAUGUACUACUCUCUGGCCAUGGCCAAACAGAAGCUGCCCAAGAAGAAGAACAAACACAUCCCCCGCGCGCCCCAACCCGGAUCGCCCAAUUACUGCAAGCCCGACGCCCUCGCCAUGGCGACUGCUUCCCCCCAGAGGAUUCUGGGAAAUGUCCUGGGUGGGGUGUUGGGGUCGGCCGGGUUGACGGGGGACUGCCCUCUGGCACAGGAAGAGAUUAUAGAGAUCAACAGAGACUCUAAGCAGAACGGUGAUGCUGCCAGCGCUGCUUUGGCUAAUGAAGACUGCCCGACCAUAGACCAGGUUCUGAGUCCAGAGGAGCACAGCCCUGCAGGGAGAACCCGCGAGCGCUACCAACAGGACCGCGCCUGCUUCCUCCUAAACACACGCGAAUUCCGCACUACUGAUGGAAAUGUGCGGAAAGGUUGUGUCAUAUCACGCGUUUCGACGGGCUACGAGAAAUCUCGCAGCUUGAACAACAUAUCGGGAAUGACAGGGUCAUCCCUGCGUCUGACCCCCAUCACGAGCGCGCCCUUUGACCCCUACGAGGCCCCAGGACCCCUGCGCCGUUGCCGCUCCCCCAUCCCCUCCAUUUUGUAG